CCCACAGGUGGAGCUAGGGCAUCCCUUCCCCGUGAUGUUGGUGUCUGGGACAGACGCCUACCCUCUUCUGGCGCGUGAAUGGAGGUAGCACAGAGUUGGCAGGCUGUACAGCUGAAGCCUUGCAAUUGAAAGCAGAACCUAUGGCUCUCUCUGCAGUCUCUCAGGCAACAUUCCUCUUGGCGUUGCUGUCCUUCAGAACUUACCAGAGCGAAGUCUUAUCUGAACCUUUGCUAUUGACCCCUGAGUCACUGAAAGUUUCCAUCAAUUCUACACAGCAAUGUUUGCAUUUACAAUGGCGUAUCCACAGCCUUACUUAUCAUCAGGAAUUAAAAAUGACUUUUCAGAUAGAGAUCAGCAGAAUUAAAACAUCCAAUGUCAUCUGGGCGGAGAAGUAUAGCACCAUUGUGAAGUGGGACCAAGUUCUGCAGUGGAGCUGGGAAUCUGAGCUCCCUUUGGAGUGUGCGACGCACUUCGUGAGAGUGAGGAGUACGGUGGAUGAUGCCAGGGUCCCUGAGCCGAGGUUCUGGAGCAGCUGGACUUCAUGGGAGGAAGUCGAUGUUCAGAAUUCUCUUGGACAUGAUCCACUGUUCGUUUUCCCUAAAGAUAAGCUGGUAGAAGAAGGCUCCAAUGUCACCAUUUGUUACAUUUCCAGGAGCCCUCGAAAUAACAUAUCCUGUUAUUUGGAAGAUGUACAGAUAUAUGGAGAACAACUUGAUCCAAAUGUGUCUGUGUUCAACUUGAAUAAUGUUCCUUUCAUUAGGAAAAGGGGGACGAAUUUCUUUUGUAAGGUGAACGAAAGUGAUGUUAUAAAAGGCAUCGUUCUCUUUGUCUCAAAAGUACUUGAGGAGCCCAAGGACUUUUCUUGUGAAACCCGGGACUUCAAGACUUUGAAGUGUGCUUGGGAUCCUGGGACUGACACUGGCUUGCCUAAAUAUUCUUUCCAAAGCUACAGUUUAUUUGAAUCAUUUUCUGGGAAAAAGAAAGUUUGUGAACACAGAAACUGGUGUACUUGGCAAGUAGCUCGAGACUCACAAGAAACGUAUAACUUCACACUCCUGGCUGAAAACUACUUAAGAAGUAGAAGUGUCAAUAUUUCUUUUAACCUGACUCAUCGAGUUCAUCCAAUGACUCCCUUUAAUGUAGUCCUUGAAAAUAUAAGUGCCACAAACGCCAGCAUGACCUGGAAGGUACACUCCAUUGGGAAUAAUUUCACAUUUUUGUGUCAGAUUGAACUCCAUGGUGAAGGAAAAGUGAUACAACAGCACAAUGUGUCCAUUGAGAUGAAUGGUCAGUACUUCUUAAGUGAACUGGAGCCUGUCACAGAGUAUAUGACCCGAGUACGCUGUGCCGCUGCUAACCACUUCUGGAAAUGGAGUGAAUGGAUUGGUCAAAACUUUAGCACACUUGAAGCAGCUCCCUCCAAGGCUCUUGAUGUCUGGAGAAAUGUGAAGUCAGUGCUGGGAUCUUGUACAGUAACUUUAUUCUGGAGGCCACUGUCAAAAUUGCAUGCUGGUGGGAAGAUUCUAUUUUAUAAUGUAGUUAUAGAAAAUCUAGAGAAACCAUCCAGUUUAAAGCUCCUCUCCAUUCCCGCUCCGGCCAAUGGCACAGAACUAACCCUCGACCAAGGCUCGUACCAAAUCUACGUCACAGCUAAUAACAGUAUGGGCACUUCUCCCACUUCUGUAAUUGUCAUCUCUAGAGACUCUGGAAGCGAAGAGGUUAAAGAAGGAAGAGUUCAAGGCACAGAGGAUGGGUUCUUUAUGUCUUGGAAACCCCAGUCUGGAGAAGCCAUAGGCUACGUCGUGGACUGGUGUGACCAUCCCCGGGACCAGGCCUGUGACCUCCAGUGGGAAAACCUGGGUCCCAAGACCACAAGCACCAUCAUUAGCUCAGAUGCCUUUAGACCAGGGGUCCGGUACAACUUCAGAAUUUAUGGCAUAUCUACAAAAAAGAUUGCUUAUUUGUUAGAGAGGAAAACAGGAUACUCCAAGGAACUGGCUCCUUCAGACAACCCUCAAGUGGUCAUAAGUAAUUUGACUUCCCACUCCUUCAAUCUGAGUUGGAAGGAUUAUUCCAUUGACUCCCAACCUGGUUUUAUACAAGGCUACCAUGUCUACCUGAAGUCCAAGGCAGAGCAGUGCCAGCCAGGAUUUGAAAAGGCAGUCCUUUCAGAUAAUUCGGUAUGUUGCAAACAUAAAAUCGACAGCCCGGAACAAAAGACAUUUCUUGUGGAACACCUACAGCCAGAAUCCUUCUACGAGUUUUUAGUCACUCCAUACACAAGUGUUGGCGAAGGCCCCCAUGAUACUUUCACCAAGGUCACCACUCCGGAUGAAUACUCUCAUGUACUGAUACGUAUCAUACUCCCCAUGAUUUUCUGCCUUUUGCUCAUCAUGAUCCUGUGCUACUUGAAGACUCAGUGGAUGAAGGAGAAGUGUUACCCUGACAUUCCAGACCCUUACAAGAGCAGUGUCCUGUCAUUAAUAAAAUCCAAGGAGAAUCCUCAUCUGACAAUAAUGAAUGUCAAUGACUGCAUUCCAGAUGCUAUUGAAGUUGUAAACAAGCCAGAAGGAAGGAAGAUACAGUUCUCAGGUGCAAGGAAGUCACUCACAGAAACUGAAUGUACUAAGCCUGUCUACCUUUACCUCCUCCCAACAGAGAACUACUCCAGCCCUGGCCCCUGCAUCUGUUUUGAGAACUUUACCUAUAAUCAAGCAGCUUCUGACUCUGGUUCUUGUGGCCAUGUCUCAAUACCCCCAGAAGCUCCACCAAGUCAGCUGGGACUACUGACUUCACCUGAAAAUUUACUAAAGACACUAGACAAAAACUAUGUGAAUUCCCUGGGAGAAAUCUCAGCCGGAGAAAGUAGUUUGAAUUAUGUGUCCCAGCUGGCUUCGCCCUUGUCUGGAGACAAGGACAGCUUUCCAACAAAUCCACCAAUGUCUGAGUAUAAAAUGCAAAUGGCUGUGCCACUGGGUCUCACUUCACCUUCUCCGAGUGAAAAUAGCAGCCUCUCCUCCAUUGCCCUUUUAGAUCACGGUGAACACUGCCGCUAAUCAUAUACCCGUUUCAUACAUUUAUGCUACACAGACACCUAGAGAAGCAUAACUGGCACUAUUCUGUCACCAGAUACCUUGGUGCUUAAUCCUAGUGAGCUAUCACCACUGGCAGGUCUGAUUUAUACAAGACCAACUAUCUUGCUAGGUUUCAAAGUUCAGAGGCUAUGAGAGUGAAUUAACAUCCUUCCUUGGAACAGGCUUGCUGUAGAAAUGGCAGGACCAUGGUAACAGGCUUCCCUUGCUGCUGUGUUCUAGGCUCACCUUUAAAUAACACCUGCCCUGACACUUGACAUAGGGAUAGAUCUCAUCCACUCAGUACUGGACAGGGUGGCUACAAUCCUAUAAGUUCAGCCGUUAGUGAGAAAGUAUUUCUAUUGUUUUACUCCUACAUUUAAUAGCUUAAGGGUGAAGGAACCUAGAUAUAAGGCUUUAAUAAAGGCCACAAACUAUUCGUUACUAGAGCAUGGAUUAUUAAUGUUAAUUUAUUCUGAAUAUAUUUAAAAAAAAAAGUCACAGAUGGUUCAGACCAAAACAGAUUUUAGAUUUGCCUUGCAGUAAGAAUCUGCAGUUCAUUGACACAGCAAAGUUAACUCUUCUGGGGGCACAGACCUUGUCUAAUAGGUUAAGACGUGAAUGAAUCAGUAAGAUCCCCACAACUGUCCUUCUAUCUAGCUUACCACAGUUAAAGCUUGGGAUUGGCAAGGAACUCCUGGUUUAGUGUCAAGAUAAUAUCAUAGUAGACACUAGUCUUCUACCAGAAUUUUUUGAUGACUACCUCAAAUAGAAAAAAGGAAAGUAUGUCAUUGAGUAAUUCCAUUCACAUUUUAUGGUUCCUUUUUUUUUUUUUUUUCAAUAACUAUAAGUGACCUGUUUUCAUUUGGCAUCCUUUGGACUCUGUGAUAAGUUGUCUGGGUCAUGACAAUAUACCCUUACUCAUUUAUAUCCCUCUUAUGCUAACCUAAUAAAUGAAAUUAAACCAUAUUGUUGGAUAUUGACUAGACAUAACUGUAAAAAGCUAUCUAGAGUGAAGAAAUUGUUUUGGCUCAGCAGCAGCUUUGUCUCCUUGAACCAAUAUAUGCAAAGCACCUAGUACAUAAUAGGUGUUCAAUACGUGUUCCUUUCUCUUCCUUCUGCCCCUCAGCCCUUAAUGUUUAUUGAUCACAUUUCUAACAAGCACAAACAAGGGUUUCUUUUUGUUUGCUGUGAUGGAAACGACACUGCCUGUACCUCUGGUACCAAAGGGCCUGUACUGUGCCAUUCAACACUAUGAAGAGAAUAAAGAAAGGACCCACAUCACAAAGUUGGGUGGCUGUCAGCUGGCCUAAACAUACCUACACAAACCAGGACUUCUGUUCAGACUUUUCAGUUUUUUCCUUAUGUGUAUGUAAGCCUUUUGCUAGGAAAACUGGUUAUGAACUCCUAACAUAGUACAAACAAGUAUCUUGAUUAGUAUAAUAGUUUUGAGAAGACUUUGGGGCCAGUAUUGUCACCAUUUACUUUGUGUUCCUUUGGCAUGAUGCAAUUAUUAAAGUACACAGAAUGUCACUGACAGUGAUGACUGAUUUGUAAAUAAUAUCUUUUAUAUAGAUUUUCUUUGAAAAAUAAUCCACAAAACCUUGAAAUCAUUUUUGUUGCAACAAGCCUUAAUUAAAGUAUUUCACCAUUGUA